AUGUUGAGAAACAGUGGAUUGGUAAAUCAGAAAUUGACACCUUUCAAGUCUCUCACCACUCACAGAUUAUUGACGAAUUCACAAGUGGUGCUCUCAACCAUCAAAGUACAGAGUAGACCAUCAGCAUUGAAACAAGCACACACAAAUACGAUGUCACAAUUAGACGGUAAUUUCGAUGGGUUGUUCGCCAAGAUCGACGAAUUGAAGCCCCGCUUCAUCGACCGCCUCGCCAAGGCCGUGGCCAUUCCUGCAGUUUCUGCAGACGAAAGUCUCAGACCUAUGGUUGUGAAAAAAGCUCAUUUCCUCAGAGAUGAACUGGAAAAGCUCGGAUUUCAGGACAUUCAGUUGAAGGACCUUGGAGUCCAACCUCCCCCAGUGGAAAACCCAAAACUGCCACUGCCUCCAGUGGUGCUUGCUCGCUACGGCAAUGACCCAGCCAAGAAAACUGUGUUGGUUUACGGGCACUAUGACGUCCAGCCAGCCGCUUUGGAGGAUGGAUGGCUUUCCGAACCCUUCACGUUGGUGAUCGACGAGGAAAAACAACUUAUGCGCGCUAGAGGGUCUUCCGACGACACCGGGCCAUUGAACGGAUGGCUCAACGUUGUGGAGGCGCACCGCGAACUAGGCCUGGAGCUGCCAGUCAACCUUGUGGGGUGUUUUGAAGGUAUGGAGGAGUCUGGGUCCAUCGGGCUGGACCAGCUCAUUGCCGAAGAAGCCGACAAAUAUUUCAAAGGUGUCGAUACCGUUUGUAUCUCGGACAACUAUUGGCUGGGUACCAAAAAGCCCGUGUUGACGUACGGUUUGAGAGGCUGCAACUACUACCAAAUCAUCGUGGAGGGCCCCGGUGCCGAUUUGCACUCCGGUAUGUUCGGCGGUGUGGUUGCCGAACCUAUGAUUGAUUUGGUGAAGAUCUUUAGCUCUUUGGUGGACUCCCAGGGCCGUAUCUUGAUAAAGGGUAUCGCUGAGAUGGUUGCUCCUGUGACAGAAAAGGAAAAGGAACUGUACGAAAAGAUUGAUUUCUCCGUCGAAGAGAUGAAUGCUGCUUCCGGGUCCCAAACCUGCUUGUAUGACAACAAGCCUGAGAUUCUUAUGCACAGAUGGAGAUUCCCAUCUUUGUCUAUCCACGGUGUCGAGGGUGCGUUUUCAACCCAAGGUGCCAAAACCGUGAUCCCAUCUCGCGUUGUCGGUAAAUUUUCUAUCAGAACAGUGCCCAACAUUGAGUCGGCCAAGCUUGACAAGCUUGUCAUCGAUCACUGUAACGAGGUCUUUAAAUCUUUGGGCUCCCCCAACAGUAUGAAAGCCGAGUUGAUUCAUGACGGCGACUACUGGGUCUCAGACCCUUUCAAUGCGUCUUUCACUGCCGCUGCUGAGGCUACUAAAGCUGUUCAUGGAGUGGAGCCCGAUUUCACCAGAGAAGGUGGCUCCAUUCCUAUCACACUUACUUUCCAAACUCAACUCAAGAGUAAUGUGUUGUUGCUUCCCAUGGGCAGAGGUGAUGAUGGCGCUCACUCCAUUAACGAAAAGCUGGAUAUCAGCAACUACGUUCAAGGUAUGAAGACCAUGGCCGCCUACUUACACUACUAUGGCGCCUCGGAAGAGAAAUGA